UUUGAUAUGCUCAAUGCAGACAACUGGUAUCCAUGGAAGAGAUGCAUGCAAGCACUACUGAGAGAGCAGAAUCUCCUCAGCCAUGUUGACAGCAGCAGGAUGAGAGAGUGGGAUGAGAUAGACAUGAGGGCACAGAACCAGAUUGAGCUGUGUGUGGGAUAUAUUGAGAUGGUGUACCUCAUUGGGGCACUGACAGUGGGACAAAUGUGGUCCCAGCUGAUCAUGGUCAAGGAGUUGAGGGGUGAGCUGGGGGCUAUGGCAAUUCAACAUUGA